AUGAAAUCAUUUAGUAUAAAUCGGCAAUUGAUAACAUCAACAAUGACAUCAAACAAAGCGAGUGAAGAAAUAGCAGCGACGGAAGGUGCUUUUGUUUAUCAUGGAGGGAAACAUGGACAUCCUUAUUCAUCACAACAAUGUACCACAAAUGUCAUCAAAACAAUUUUCUCAUCUUGUUCUGCCAUUGCAAAAUCAAUGUCCUGUGGACGAAUAAAAUGUGCUUUCAUUGCAGUGAAUGUUUUAGCUCCAUAUUUGACUCGAAAAGUUUUAACUGAAGUAAAAGAAGCAUCUUUUUAUUCUACAAUGUUUGAUGCCUCGAAUAAAGAAAAUACAAAGUUUUUUCCAGUUUUUGAACAAUAUUUUUCAAAAUUUGGAGUGAAAAAGGUUGUAAUUCGUAUAAUUGAUCUGAUCGACAAUGCUGAUAAAUCAGCAACGAAUAUCUUUGAAAAUCUUAUGACUGCAAUUAAAAAAUCUGGUUUGCCGUUGGAAGGUCUUACAUCGAUCGGAACUGAUAAUACAAAUGUCAAUAUGGAUAAUACUCAUAGUGUUUAUACAUUAUUUCUUAAUCAAAUUGAAAACCUGUUUAAAGGGUGA